UCCAUAUUCCUUAGUUACACAAAGGGUUUAAAGAUUUCCCGGAAAGUGUUUCAUUUUAAUGGUACCAAGAGAUUCUGUUGACACCUUCCUACAGAAACCAUAUUCAAUCUCUUCGAGAUAUUCUGUGACUGCACACUGCUAUAUGUCACAGUGUGUCACAUGAUCGCCACAGAGUGUAGAUCACACUGUUCAUUAAAGUACCUGAUAUGAACCUAGUAAAAGUUCACGCUUUGACGACCAGGCAUAAGAUCAUCAUACAAAUCAAGGUUUUCAUCAAAACUUUUUUUACUGUUUCAUAUUUGAUAAUUCUACAAAUUUAUCACUUUUCACGAAAUAAAACCACAUGAUUCGAUAUAAAAUAUUUUCAGUUGUGAUUUCAAUGGUUUACUGAACAUUCACGAGAUGAUAUAAUUAUGAACACAAAUCAAAAUUACCCGUUAGGUGAAACCUUUGUGAUCAUUGAAUAAACUCGACUAUGAAUGUAAACAACUAUGAAUCAAAGUAUGAAAACUGAGAUGGAUAUAUAUUCAACCGCUAAAUGAGAUUUUAUCUAAGUCCAUUCUAUAACAUCUGAUGUAGGAUGGCUGCUUCUUUUUGGGUGGGUGAACGUUCUGGCUAUGGUUGGCGGAAGUAUGCCACAAUCACUUGCAUGUGAGAAUUUUUGAUUUCCAGAAUCUUUCAAAUAUAUGCAAUUAUUAGUUAUAAAAUGUAAAUAACGUUCGCGUUAACUGGUGAUUAUAACCUUGAGAAUCAGACUCAUCAGUUGUAGGUAACGAAAGCAACCAACAGUCCCAUUGGUUCCAAGUAAGAAUUUGAUAUUAUGUAUGUACGAUAUGUGCUUCUUAGUAUCACCUUAUUCGUAAUUAUUAUUUCAGAAAUAUUGACCAUUUUGGAGAUCUGGUAUUCGAGCUGAACGUCAAAUGACUUGUCCUUUACUGAUUUAUAGCUUUCAUAUGCACUGAAAUGUCUGUGGAAUGAAGACUAUUUCGAGUACUGGUCUUCAGAGAAAAAGACACCGUGCAUCAGUGUUGCCAACAAAACCCUAGGCAGAAAAGAGAAGAUAUGUCGUUAAAUCAAGAGAAUUUUACGUUCAGUAUUUAUGACAAAGCUCGGUCUCUCAAUGUGUGUGAGUGGGCAAACAGGAUAGAAGUUCAAAUGAUAAUAAUCCAUCCGCCCGUUCAUUCAUUAAGAUACUUAACGAAAUGAAAUCAAUUGAACUUUACAUAGAAAGGAUACUAAAUAUUCUCCUGGUGUCCCUCGAUCGUCUGUUUUUCAAUUACCUUUGGAACCAAUUAACUGUCAACCAGUGCAAUGCUUAUGGAAUCUGAUGUGUGACUGUAUGCUAGUUCUACAAAGUUUGCGAAUAUGUGUACGUUUCUGCUUACUCCACAAUAAACAAGUCCAAGAAAAAAAGCCUUUAGCUGCUCUGGUGUGCGUAAUCGUUUUCGUUUGAAAUUGAAUCAUUUUAAUAGUGUUCUUCCUCCUUUCGAUAACAAAAUGUAACUUAAAACCACACACUAUCACACCAUUAAAUGUCUUUACACGAAUAACCAUGUUCUGGCUUCUGGAAUCUAGUAGUCAUUUUCUGUUUUCUGUAUUUCAGAGUACUGAUUAUGAUCCUGUGUAUAAUACUGAUCUUGACAUUCAGAAAUUAUUUGAAAAUUUCAUUGUUCCUCAUAGGAAUAAUAAAGACUUGCUGACAAUAAUCUUCUGCAUCUUAACAAGAAGAUUCAAACCAGCAGUGAGCAUGGUUCUGAUGUAUUUAUCGAUGGCUUUUAUGACUAUUGGAUGGAUUUUGUUGGCCUUAGACGGGAAGCAAGGACUUUUAAUUAACUUGGUUGCUGGCUUUUGGAACACUGCUCUAGUCUUG